UGUGCAGGUUAAGAGUGCCAAGGUGCAGUAGUGAUCAGGGAACGUGUGAAUGAGGGCCUUGAGACGCAGCGCAGGGGACGAGGAGCAGGAGGCCAGUCACCCAGUACUAGCAGAGGGGGGAACACGGCGCCGCUGUGGUGGGGGCCGCGAGAGCAGGAGAUAAGAUACCUGCAGCCUUGUUUCCUAUCAAAGGCGUGACGAGAGAGGCUCUGAUAGGGGCGACGGAUCAUAUUGGCUGCAGGAAAGGGUUGGAGAAAGAAUAUGAGUGAAGGCACAGGCGAGGAGGGAGGCGCUACGUGGAAUCAAUUGAGUGCAAGUGAUUCUCCCUGACUGUAAAAGAAAAAAAAAAGAAAAACAAACAAGAAACGAUGGAAAUAAAACGUGAUUCUAAAAUUGAUUCCCAAAGAGACAGCAUCGGGUGACGCAGUGAAGGUGAAAAUAACAAAAAAAAGGAAAGAAGAAAAUACGUAACAAAGAAAUAAAAAACAAGAACCGAAAUAAAACAAAACACACAUACAAAAAAAAAGAAAAAAGAAAGAAAACAUCUUGAAAAGGAUUCAUGAAAGUUAAAAAAGAAGAAAUUGUGAAAAAGUGAGACAGUGUAAGGGUUUAUAUUUUUGCUUCGUGUGCGUGUGUUGCUGGUCCUCGUAUGAACAUGAAGAUGCGGGCGUGGAUGUGGGCAUGGGUGUGGGCGUGGGCGUGGGCGGUGCUACUCCUCACGCCCUGCACCGCCAUGGUUAUGAGGCAGCAAGAGGAGGAACAGGAGCCUGGGAUAAGACACAUGGUGCUGGCGCUUAACCGAAUGAGCGAGGCACUGGAAACCCACGAGCGACACACAAGCCUCUACGAGCGAGUGGCUUUGCUGGAAUCCUCCCUCGCGGAAAAGACGGAGCGGGAGAUGGUACUGCAGGCGGAGGUCACGCAGUUAAGAGCAAAAAUCCCUGAGCUUGAGGCAGAAAUCAAGACCAUACCGGAGAUGAGGAAGGAACUUGCGGAAUUUGAAGCCAAUAUUGAGAAGCUUGUGCAAGACUACGAAGUGAAGCUGUCCACUCUGGCAUCUGAAGUGAUCCGGAUGAAGAAGUCUGGAGCGAGACGCAAGGACCUGCUUACUCUGAGUGAUGGAAGUGACAUCCUCUUCCAUCAAGCUCCGUCGUGUCCUGAGAUCGGCCAGGGUAUGGUAGCGGCAAGAGUCGGGGAACAUUGUCUCUAUUUCUCCCUCGGCGAGAGGCAAAACUGGACGGCAUCAUAUGACCAGUGUCGUCAGCUCGGCGCGCGGAUGGCGGCGUCCCAGGUCCUUCAUCCACUUAGACAAUUCCUCCUGCAAGCCUUUGCUCGAGGUCCUUCUCUCUGGCUCGGGUCUUCCUUCAACCCCUCCCAAGGCGAGGCUCAAAGCGAAGACGAAAAGGAAGACGAGAAUGAAGACACUGGCGGCAGCGAAGUGAAGGAUCCUGGCGAUGACUCAGAGUCCUCUGGCCUCUCUUUGGGUCAGGAUGUCUCUGACACCUUUCAGGCCGAUGGUGUGAUUGGAUAUCCUGAAGGACGUGCAAAGCAGAGCCCCGCCAAUCCCUUCGCAUUGAAUCUGAAGGCGGUUCCGGUGGAGGAUGUAGAUGAAGAAUUUUCGGGACCCGCAGGAAGUCUUCGCGGGGUGCUGGAUCAGGCGCCGAUGUUCCAUGAUGAACUUUUAGCGCGCUACGGCAGUCGCUUCCUAGCGGACGAGCCUACUGAACGUGCGCCGAUACCAGAGGAGCUGGUCGAGAGAGCCCCCGAUACCUCUGUGGUGGACAUUGUUCUCCUGACGCACUCUGACGCGGCUGAGGGACGACAGGUCAACAAGCCACGUGUCCCUUCGAACCUUACUGAGGAAGGAGGCAGAGAGGCAACACCGGAAGAGGGAGGCAAUAUGGAAGAGGCUACAGGGAGAAAAGAUUCUCGCAAGACUCAUAUGAACUGCGUGUUGUUGCAGCAGAGCGAGUCCUUGGAGUACGAGUUGGUGGCGCGUCCUUGCGACGAAGAGCAUAGCUUUGUUUGUGACCUCAGGGUGACUAUUGACACUCUCCUUCCCGAGUCGUGAGCCGCUCCGCACACAUGGCUUCCGCUGACGGCGAUGCGCAGUGUGUUCCACUCAGCAAGACUGUAGAUAGGUGCUGUGCGAGUAUUUACAAUGUCAUAAUGUCCUGACGUUGCAUGGAUUUAUUUUAGUAGUAGUAGUAGUAGUAGUAGUAGUAGUAUCAAACAGAUUUUGUUUGACCUUUAUGGGAACUGAUAUUAAGUGGGCCCUUUCUUAUUAAAAUUUUUGUUGUCCUUGGCCAGUGGCCCUCUUCCAUAAAAAAAGUAGUGGGUAGUAGUAGUAGUAGUAGUAGUAGUAGUAGUAGUAGUAGUAGUAGUAGUAGUAGUAGUAGUAGAAGUAGUAACAGCAGCAGUGGCAGCAGCAGCAGUACUAGUAGUAGUAGUAGUAGUAGUAGUAGUAGUAGUAGUAGUAGUAGUAUAGUAAGAGAGUGAU